AUGUUUGACGGAUCAAUUGACAUAAAAUUCUACCAUUCGUACUGUUUUGAUUUUGAAUAUCAGUCACCCCCACCACGCAGUCGCAGUGCAGACUUGUCAAAGAGAAACCGAACAUCAGCUUCUGAGGCGAAACAAGAUGGUGCCAAUAUUGUUAAAGACAUUGAUGUACUAUUUACCACUGGAAGUCAGGAAAAUAAACUUACAUUCUCUUUUCUGACCUACCUCAAUGUCUUUAACAAUAUUGGCACCAUCUUGUUUCGCCUAAAAAGAAAAAAUAAAAAGAAAAAUAAACUUCUAGUCGCUGCAAUUGACUUUGGGACAACCUAUUCAGGAUAUGCCUGCUUAACUAAGAACGAAUUUGAAAAUAAUAAAGGUGACAACUCUAAAAUACAUUGUCCGCACUGGGAACGAGAAGGAGGCUUAAGUUACAAGGCACCUACGUCCGUUUUAUUUCGUCCUAAUAAAACCUUCCAUAGUUUCGGAUUUGAGGCGGAGAAAUAUUACCACGAACAUUCUGACAAUAUUGACUUCAAAGAAUGGUACUUCUAUAAACACUUUAAAAUGAAACUCUACACAGAUAAGGAUGAGUUAACACAAGAUACGAUCAUAGAAGACAGCAGGGAGGCUGGAAACAGAAUGAAAGCUGUGGAUGUAUUUGCCGCCGUCAUUAAAUACUUUAAGGACCAUUUACUAAACCACUUCAAAGACAGAAAUGACGAUAAGGAGUAUUUAAACAACAAUGAUAUUCAUUGGGUGAUUACAGUACCGGCUAUCUGGGAUUUAAAGGCAAAGCAGUUUAUGAAAGACGCAGCAACAAAGGCAGGAAUAUCUGGUGAUCAGCUGACUUUAGCUUUGGAACCUGAGGCAGCAUCGUUGUAUUGUCGAAAAGUUCCCGUUUCAGUGGAGACAACAAAGGAUGGUGGAAAGGCUAUUGCAGGAAUGCAGAAUGGAUCACAGUACAUCGUUUUCGACCAAGGAGGUAAAGCCUGCCAUUUCAGAUUUUCCGCUAAUCCUAGGUCACGAUACUCGCGAGUACUCGAUGGUACUACAGAUAUAACAGUACAUGAAGUAACUGGUCAGAAUACACUGAAGGAAAUACACCAGGCUUGCGGGGGUCAUUAUGGUGGUAUUACAGUCAAUGCCGAAUUCUACAAAUUUUUGACGACCCUAUUAAGUGGACCGGUAAUAAAAGAGAUUCGCGAUAAGCAUCCCUCCGAAUAUUUCGAUUUUAUGACAGCUUUCGAACACAAGAAGACAUCAUUCUCCGUUGAUGAGAAAUCCAUGAUAACUGUCCGGAUUCCUGUUGUCUGGAUGGAAGUGUUUAAAGACAACACAGAUGAAACUUUAGAGGAAGCUAUCUUGGAUUCGGCCUACAAUGGCAAAGUCACAAUUAACAAAGAUAAACUAAGAAUGAAAUAUGAACUUUUCCGCAAGUUUUUCGACUAUUCAAUUAACAAUGUACUGAGAGUAUUCGAAGACCUGUUUCAAAAACCAACAAUAGAAAAUAUAAGAACAGUAUUGGCUGUUGGUGGUUAUUCCGAAUCACCUGUUCUUAUAAACACCAUAAAAGAGAAGUUUCCAAAGCUUACAAUUAUAGUUCCGAAAGACCCAGGUCUAGCCGUGUUGAAAGGGGCAGUUUUGUAUGGGUUCGAACCGCAGGCAAUUACGGAAAGGGUAUCACAAUAUACAUACGGUGUAGCCAUGCAGAAACCGUAUGAUCCGGAUCUUUACGACGAGAGCAAAAUUUCAGCUAUCCAUGGACAUGGUGGUAAACGCAUGGUUGAUGACGUUUUUGAUAAACAUAUCGAAAUUGGAAAGGCUUGUAAAAUUGGAGAAUUUGAACAGGAGCACGAUUACUACCCAUUGGUUAAUGAACAAAAAAAUGCUCAUUUUGAAUUUUAUGCAAGCGAACUGAAAUCGCCAAAAUAUACGACAGAUCCAAAAUGCUAAAUGAUAGGAACUUUUUCCGUGGAAAUUUCAAAAGCUGGUAAAAUUUUUCUGAAGCUAAACGCCAGCGGUACAGAAAUAUUAGGAAUAGUCCGCGAGGAAGAGACGGGAAAGGAAAGUCGUGCUUACUUUAGUUUGAUGUAGUGAGAUAAUUUCACAAUGAAAUAUAUAAUUCUAAAAGUCCCGAGACUUGUCUUUGACUUACCUCUAUUUUGUGAGACUCAAUGAAGUUUCCGCGGUAAGUACUUACAUACCGUGAGUUUUUACUAAAAAUAACAGAAUGGAGUAGAAAUUCAAAAUUGGAAACAAAAAUGAAUUCUGAGCUUUAAUUGACAAACUAUCAUGACUAUGUUAAUGUUCUUUAAUGUAAAAUAAAAGAAAUAAAAGAAAUUAAGA